AUGAACUAAAAUCUCGAAAAUGCAAUCGAUUUGGAGAAUGAUGAACUCAUAAUUGAAAACUACAAUAACGAUGAUUAAGAUGAUCAGUUAGUUUCAUAAUUAUAAGAAAUACUAAUAUCAGAGGAUUUUGAAAAAUUAUCUUAAGAUUUCUUACGUGAAAAAUGCUUAGUUUUCGAAGAGACAGAAUCAAAAGAAUACAGAGAAAUAUUUAAACUAUACUAAAGUGCUAUCUAGUUAUAUUUGAAUGAAAAACUCAAAGUUGAACUUACUCUUGAAAAAUUGUAAUCUCUCCCAUUGGAUGAAGCAAUGAAUGAAACUUUAGCAUCAUUAUUUGAUUAUGAUUUGUUUAAAGACAUUAUGGUAGAAACUAGAAUAAGAGUUGAAGAAGAAGAGAGGACAAUUAAAAAAAGCACUAAUAAAGCUACUAAAGGUUAUAAAUAAGCACCUUAAUAAAACAUAUUCAGUUCAGGACAAGCAAUUUAAUUUGAAAAGAAACCAUUAAAAAAUUAAACUCCUUAAGACUUAAGACCAGACUUAUUUUUCAAUGUUGUACCAUUAAGCACACCAAAAGUAAAUAGAAAAUAAGCUUGA